CGAUAUUGAGAUAUAUAUAUAUGCUUAUAUGGCUACAUACAAAUAAUCAAUAAAAUUGCUACAGCUUCACUGUUCAGAUGGCAGUGCGGCAGAGUUUAGUAACACGCCUUGAAACUGAAAUAAAAAACAAACUAAAAAUUUCCAUAAUGUGUGUGACAUAAUGAUAUUAAUAAAUAAAUUAUCGCGGUUAAUAAUGUGAAAGAGAUGUAUUUAGAGUAUAAUAAUAAGUUGGCAACAGAAACAAUUAUUUUAUGAUAAUAUUACAAGGGAUGUAUUAGGAACAAUAUGUAACUCUAAAUCAUGAACAUAAAUUGUAAAAUUCUAAGUCAAAAGUAAUAUUAUCAAUUAAUUAAAAAAGAGAAAGAAAAAUUCUAAAAGAAAUGGAGCAACAAAAUGAUUGUACAAUUCAAAGAGGACAACCACUACGUCGCUAUACAAAUGACUACAAGCCAGAAGGACAUUCGUCAACUUUGAAUAAAACAAUGACAAAUCAGCCACAGUAUUCAAAUACAGGGAGACCUACGAUACGCAUAGCUGUUUAUCUAAUGACAGGAGUAUUUCUGACGAUGGAAAUUGAACAAAAUGCAACAGCACAACAAAUAUUUACGAUAGUUCAAUCAGAAGCAGAAUUGGGUCUAUUGAGAUUUUCUCUAGCAACUAUUACACCAGUUUUUGCAUUAUGGAUGUGUUCUUCGCAGAUGGAAGUUCAAUUACGUCCAACACAUAAGCCUGUAGAAUUGGCUGCAAAGUGGAGUUAUCUCGUGAAUAAAUAUAGUUCUCAUGUAGAAGAUUCUGAUGAUGAAGAACCUUUACUAUUCUUUCGUCGAAAUAUAUUUCUGUCCAGGACAGAAGAGGAACAAAUAAAAGAUACUAAAGUGCUUGAAUUACUCUAUGCAGAAGCCAGACACAAUGUUUUACAAGGACGAUACGCAUGUGACGGUCCUGCGCGUUAUGCCACUUUAGGAGCGUUACAGGCUCGGAUUGAACUUGGGCCCUAUAACGUGCAGACCCAUACCUUGGCAUUUUUCCGCAGACACCGCGGUCGAUUUCUACCGCAUCAUCACGCUUUUCCCAGUCUUCUGUUGGGAUUGGGACUCGGAUUAGGACUGGUGGGCGGCAAGGGAGCACCCGAGGCACAUCUUCUGGAGCAGUACAAGAGAAUACCAAAUCACAAUGGUAGUGCUAACGCAAAUCCCAAAAAAUUAAUCAGAAAAUAUCUCGAAUUGUGCUGGAACUUACCGUGUUAUGGUGCGGCCUUCUUCCAAGGGCAGAUCGAGAGACCUGUCAGAGGUCUCGCAUCAUGGAUCACCAAUCGCGAUAUGCAGGUCCUUGUUGCGAUUAAUACGUCGGGUGUAUACAUAGUCGACGAUAUGCAGUGCAGCUUGCUAUUAGGACUAAAAUACUCAGAACUGAGCUGGGAAAUGGCGAAACCUUCGGAUGAGAAUAAUCCAGAUUGCUUGCCUUGCUUGUUUCUGCAAUUUCCAGUGCGAGAAAACGGAGCACGAGUCUACAAGAUUCUGCAAGUAUUUUCGAAACAGGCGCCAAUGAUGGAUACUCUCAUUUCUGGCUUCGCUGAGGAUUAUCGUCGUCAAUUUGUCAAUAAUGACAGUAGCAACGAUCAGUUGGAUCAUCCGCUAGUUUCCCCCACUGGAAACUUUACAAAUAAACUUAGUAAAUUCACGCUGGCCACUUUUGAUGACGAAGGUCGGUGCAUUGGUCAAAUGGGCUCGUGGUCUUUUCAAUAAAUAUAUUGUACAUUUCAUGAUACCAAUGUGUACUCUCCUUGAUAAUAUGAAAUGAGUAUGAUUUUUGAAUAUCUGAAAA